GGUAGGGUUAUACCAAAUCAAAAUCAAAUGACCCAAACCCUAGAAUUUUCUUGCUCAGAAACCAUAGACUAAUUACUUUUUUACAGUACGAAAGAAAAUAGAGAAAAAAAAAUGAGAGAUAUGGAAGUUGGACGGGAAGAGGAACAAGAUGGUUUGUCAGUACAUUCACCAAGUCAAGCUCCACCUUCAUCAGCAUCUUCUCUUCCAAAGUCGGAGGUUGAAUUGGAACUGAGAUUGUUAGAAGCACUUGAAAUAUAUCCCCUGGCCAAAUUGCAAGGUAUACAUCGGCACUUCAUUCUUUACGGUUUAAUGGAAUAUUUGGGAAGAAGCUUUGAUCGACCGUUCUCUCCAGAUGAGGUAUUACAAUUGCUGGAUCGUUUUUACAAUCUGGAUAUGCUGAAGUCUGAUGAAGAGGAGGUGGAAAUUCUGAAUCAAGAGGAAGACUUUAGCUUACCACAGAGCUACUUUAUAAAGGAAGACUCCUAAGACAACUAGAUACUAUAUUCGACCUCUCCUCUUUGUACAUCCAUUGGCUGUGAUGAAUCAAAUUCACUGAUAACUUGGUCACUGCACUAUCACACUGGAUGCAUGAAUUGUGCAGCAUUGAGCUGUCUUUAAAUAUAAUUUUGUUUUGGAUUAA